CCAACUAUUGUAAAAAUUACAUUUUAUAUUUCAUAUUGAGAAUUGUUAAGUGCUGGACAAGAGCGCUUUUAAUCAAGUGGAUUACCAGACUGAAACAGGGGACAAGAAAGGUCGUUUCAUUGUUUUGAAAAGUAUUUCGGAGAUUAAUUAUAGAAGUAGCAGACACUUUUACAAGGAACCGUAUAUCCUGAAUAUAAUGCGCAUAGAGAGUUUUGAAAAUAUGAGAUACUCUACUUUACAAGAACAAGAAUACGGAGUACAUUCACCCCAAAGUGGAAUAUCAAGUGAAAUGGAUGAAAUCAUAAUAAUUGAUGCAGAUAAUGUAGAAUCCAAAAAUGAUAGUCCUUUAGAAGAAGGCUCUGUAGUGUCUAAUCUUCCUCUUUUGUUUGCAAACGGAUAUCCAACAUCACUGGAAAGAUUCACAUUGGUACAAUUGGAACGGUUUGUAACGUUCAUGGUUCAGUGUUCAUUAGGUCAUGAUGCAACAGAAGCGAUCACUGAACCACAAUGGUGGCCAAAGGAAGUGAAAUUUUCAAAUCCUUUAACAAGACCUAACAGAGUCAAUGAAACUUGGAUGGCUAAUUUGAAGAAAUUAGUGUUCAGGUGUUACACAUACCACAGAAGCGAGUAUAUUUUAAGGUUUUGUUCGUAUCUUGCACGAUAUCCACGCGAAGACUUAGAAUAUGUUAGCAACUGGGAUUCUACGACGAGUCUUUAUCACAAAAAUACUGGGAAAUUAUUAGUAACGUUUCGUAAUGAAAAUAUGAAUUAUGAUAAAAAAUAUGAAAGUCCACGAAAAAAGUUGCUGUCUUGUAGUGGAGUUGCUUCUUGCUAUUCCAAUAAAUCGAAACAACAAGAGGAUAUUUAUUUAUGUGAUAAUUGCGAUGCUGAAUUUAUAGGUCUUGAAAAAAUGAAGGAACACGAACGUGUGUGUUGCGAACGAGAACAUAGAAGACAUAAUUCACCACGGCCCGUAACGCCAGAUGUAUCGACUGUCAAGCCUGAAUUAAAACAAGAUCAGUUCUUAGAAUACUUUCAGUUAUGUGCGAUUGGAAAAAAAUCAGAGACAGAAAAAAACAAAAACAACGAUGCUGCAGUAGAAAUGACUGUUGACGAUAGUAUCGUUAGACGAACUUCCCGUCGUGUUCGUGGAUCAAUCAAUUUUACAAGGUGUCCAACUAUCCCUUUUUCCUCUCCUGCCGGUAUGUUAUUAGCGAAGAGAUCAAAAGCAAUGACAGAAGAAACACAAAAAGAAAGACUUGAGAGAAUAGAGAGACACCUUGUUGCUCCUGUUUUAAAUGAUUCGUCUAGACCAAAGUGGUUGGAAGCGGAAAAUGAUCAUGACAGAUGGAUUGUUACGCAUAAACCGAAUCGUGAAAGAUCAGAACAUGAUUAUGUACAUGAAUACAAAUUUGUAAAUUCUGUUAAAACGAAACCAAUGUUGAGUAUAAAAUCGCAAUUAUUGUACGUUGUUUGUCGACCUGUUUAUGUUGUUCUGACACGCUUGACUCAAAAACAAAUAAAUGAUUUCGAACAAGAUCCAUCAAAAUAUCGAUGUUCCGUGCGAGACGUUUCAGUCGAUACACAAAGAAACAAAAUCAAGAAUGAGUAAGACCAAAUAAGUAUCUCUUAAAUACGUAUCAAUUUCUUCAAUUGAUGAAAAUGAUUCGAAUGUAGUAGAGGAAAACGAAGAGAGAGGUAGUUAACAGCGUCGGAGACGAGUGUUGGAUACAUAAUUCAUUUGAAAACGACAAAUCCUUAUGAUAAAAAUGUUACGAUUAGAAAAUGGUUUUCCGCGAAAAAUAUCAACAGAAACCAGUUUUGCGGUAAUUCACUUUUGCUCCUCGAAUGACGAUGAGAAUUCAGGUAUCCUGUUCGUGUAUCUUUUGAUAAAAAUACAAAGAUACACCUAAUUUCACCUAAAAUCUUGUAUUCGUUCGAUGAAAUAGAGGGGCUAUCGAAUAACAUUUUACAUGACAGUAAUGAACAGUAUGUGUGUAUACAGGUAUUGUAGUGCAAUCCUGAAUACGACUACGAAUCCCUCUUCGAUUCUUAUGUUAGCACCAUGAAACGAUAGUAUUCCGGUACAUAACAUUAAUUACAUGUACGUUACAUUUCUUACAAUAUUUAUUAUUUUUAUUUCGUACGAUUAUUGAAUAUUAAAAACUUACAUGAUUUAAUUAUUUACAGUGAAUUAUAGUUUGUUUAAAAAAUUCCUUAGCAAUAUUUAUAAUAGAAAUGAAAUCAAAUCUCGAUAUUGUUUAUUAGCACAUUUAUCGUAUAAUAAAGAGUCGCGUGCACUUUUUACACAUUAUACGUUAAAGCAAAAAAGAAAAGAAAUGAAAUCAAAAUGACUCCUUUUCUUUAUAAUUUACUGGCUUCUUUCUUUUUCUUUCUCUAAUUAUAUUAUUCGUAAAUUAUAAUAUAUUUCUGUUUUUCUACCGACAUUUUCUUCAUAUUUAAAAACAAAAAAUAGUUACAAUAAACUGCAUGCAUUAUUCUUGUUUUUUCUUGGGUUUGACAAUUUUUUCGAUUAAAAAUGAAAAUAAUUUUUCUUUCCAAUCCAUUUCGAUUCGUUUCAAAACUAAUCUCUUUGUUGAAAUGUUAUGAAGCGGGCCGAAUGCUAGAGCAACCGCGGUACAUGCUAAACAAAUUACAUUAUACGGCAUACUGAAAUCAGGUGUGGGAAGACUAAUUAGCAAAGAUUCCGUUCUCAGCUGUACUACAUAUCCUUCUCUUGAAGCAUUAAAACUGAAAUUUGAAUUAAUUGUAUAUUAUUAUUACUGUUAUUAUUAUUAUUAUUAUUAUUUAAUUAAUUCAUCAAGUUCAAACCUUGAUGUUAUAGUACUUCCAUCGAGUGGUAGUGCAGUAUAAUUCCUUGCAAUUGGAAGCAGUGCCGUGAUUAUAGCAGGUCCCAUGUAAAAUCCGUGAUUAGCAUCUGGUGGAUACUCUUGCCAUUUAAGAAACGAAUAAUCCAUUUCUAUGGAAAAUUUGGUCACAGACUGAGGUGGUAAGCGUAAAAUUAAUUCCAAAUAGUAAGGGCUUCGUCUUUCCUUGCCUGGUAGAUAUCGCUGUACCACUAAAAUGUAAGAUAACAAUGAAAAACAGCAUAUUGAUCAGAGCUAUGAACGGCAAUUACUUACACGGUAUAAUCUGUUUUGCUCCACAAGUUAUUGUAACAGAAUGUAGAUACACUGGUAAAUACCAUGGAAUAUUUUCUAAUAAAAUAACGUCGAUUGUUUGCCAAUAAUUAUUGUAAAUUUUUGUUACUAAACUACCUCUUUCUUGGCCAUACCCUGCGCAAGAAAACCUUUGUUAAUACCGUUUUCUCUUCCGUUUCAUUACCACAAUUUAUAACAGAAGUUAUAACACUGUAUACAUACCAAUAACGUAUCUAUUGGCAAACAAAAUUGAAGGAUAAUUUAAGCUAGCCUUGUGUGCGGUAUUAUGUAUAAUUCCGAUAUUAAACAUUCCUUUAACAGAAUGAGAUCUAAUAUCAUAAA